CCGCCCAUUUGAACGAAAGUUUCCCAGUAGCUAACAUUUCGAGCUUAAUAGCGGCAGUCUUUGACUACCUAAACAUUUUACAAGACAGGCUACUUCUAUCUCGGGUAACAAUAUUUGUAAAUUAUUUUAAUGAAAUGUAAUGGAUUGAGACUCGGCGUUCUUUAAGACCACGCGCGCGGGCAGCCGCGUGUGAACGGAGGACUGUAUUUCUGACAGAGUUCAGCUGAGCUUCAGUAUGAGGAUGUGUGUGAGCAGAAGUGCUGGCUGGAAGAUGUGAAGUGUGGAUUUGUAAAGCUGCUGUCGGUGAGGCUGAAGAACACGCCUGGACUAAACGGACAGAAUUAAAUUCUUCACAAUAUGAAGACGCGAACGCGUCAUGGGAUCAUAUUGAUUGGUGUCGUAAGCGUGCUUACAAGCUUAUUGCUCCUGUACAACAGCAGUUUUACUGACACACCAGAAGAUCAGAUGCUGUCAGAUGGACAUCAGAUGGACGUUCUACAACAGCAAACAUCCUACUUAGAAGGUUACAGCAGCAUCAUUGAUCAUAAGCCUCUUAGGAUGCAUUGCAAAAGCUGUGCCUUAGUGACCAGCUCUGGUCACAUGACCGGAAGUGGUCGAGGUGCGGAUAUUGACCGUAAGGAGUGUGUCAUCCGUAUGAAUGAUGCCCCAACACGAAGCUACCAGAGGGAUGUGGGCCAGCGAACGAGCCUGCGUGUGGUCGCACACUCCAGCAUGCAACGUGUGCUACGAAACCGCCUUGAGCUACUCAACUCCAGCCAGAACACCUUCUUUAUCUUCUGGGGGCCUGGAAACUACAUGCGCCAAGACGGUAAAGGCCUUGUCUACAACAACCUGCGUCUGCUGAAGCAGGUGAUGCCUAAACUACAGGUGUACGUCAUCUCGAGGCUAAAGAUGCUGCAUUUUGAUGAGCUCUUUAAGAAGGAAACAGGGAAAGAUAGAAAAAGGUCCAAUUCAUGGCUCAGCACGGGUUGGUUCACGAUGGCGAUCGCUGUGGAGAUUUGUGACAGAAUCGACGUCUAUGGCAUGAUUCCUCCUGAGUUCUGCAAGUCGCCCAACCUCGAGCCAUCAGUGCCGUAUCACUACUAUGAGCCUGCGGGGCCAGAUGAAUGUAAAAUGUAUCUCUCCCACGAGCAGGGCCGGCACGGCAGCCACCAUCGUUUCAUCACUGAGAAACGUGUCUUUGCCAACUGGGCGCGUAUAUUCAACAUACACUUCCAUCAACCAGACUGGAGACCGGCACCUGUUACAAAAAACAGCACAGACUCCUGAGGUUCAAACACUGGGGUGUUUCUCGGACUCAGAACCUCUGUGUCCUUUUGAGGACAAAACUUGAACAUUUGAACAGGAACACAUUAUGAAUAAAAGCUUAUGAUGAUGUUCCUUGUAGAGGAUUGAAAGAGCAAGGUUCAAUUUCGCUGAGCAUUUUAAUUGCAAAAGCUGCACUGAAUAAAAAUGUUCAAAGAUUAUGUUAAAUGUGAUAAGAACAAACAGUUUAUUAUUCACAUUACUAAUUAAUUGUAACAGUAUGAUCCACAUUGGUUCGUAAUUUAGAAAACUGGGUUACUGUAUAAUUAUAUCACAUUUUCUGUUUCCAGAAAUUACUAGUUUGAUAUCUAGGCCAUAUUGUUCUCUGUGUGUAAUUUCAUUUAAAUUAUACAUAGAGCCUGGAGAGUGUCAAGCACAUAAUGUUACAAAUUUCUUCUCUCAGUGGCAUCCAAAGAGAACCAUUUGCUCAUUCAUUCAUUAUGCUUUUUCCAAAUGACACUUUUAUCAUAGGGCCUCAUUAGAUUUGUCAGAUUUAGUUUUUGUACAUGUAAAUAUAGCUGUAAAUAUAGCUUUAUGCUAAUACUGUAAUGUUCUCAGUAGUUCAAGUCUUUACUCUAAAUAAUAAAAAAAAUAUUUUUUCUCCUUUAA